UUGCUGAAAGAUCUCAAUCACGAGUUGGACGAGUUACGGAGAUAUCGGAGAGAAACGGAGAGUAUCCAUCCAGUUCGCAGCUCUAGUCUUCUGGAAUUGGAGCAGGAAAUCCGUAAAUUGCGCGAGGAAAACCAAAGUCUUCGAGAAACCCACGAAGAGCUUCAGUUUCAGUUACUUAAUAACAGCGUGUUAGAAGGUCGCAAUCUCCUCCAUCAAGAAACCAAGACGUUAGCGGAGGAGAUUGAAAACCUGUCCAAAGAUGAGGUCAUGGAAGCAUUACGAGAACAUCAAGAGGUGAAUUCAAAGCUGAGAAAUUAUAUUGACGGAAUUUUGUUAAAUAUUGUAGAAAAUUACCCUCAACUCCUAGAAGUCAAGUGAGUCAUCCAAAUGGAUGAGUUUAAAAGAAACGGUAACUUUUAAUAUGAUUAAAAAAAGACUAAACUAAUGGAAAAAAUCAAAUCAUCUGUCAUAUCCAUAGUAUGCAAGCGAGUGUCUAAUUUUCAGAACUGUGCAUGACAAACUUGUAUUGAUUAAGAGUUUUUGAUGAGCAGCGUAUAACUUGUUUAGUGAAAAUUGUAAACUCGAAUUAUAUAAGCAAUUACAAAGAAUGAUAAAUUGGUUUACAUUGAAAUUUGUGUAUUUAAUAAACCAGUUACAGUUGCCUGAGUAUUUAAACUUUUAAAGUAAUCACAACAGACGUGCUAAGAGAUUUUCCAAGUCACUUGUAGAGAAGCAUAAGCCAUUACCUUGUUCAUUACAAGUAAAUGAUUUUAAACCAACUUAGUCUAAUAACUACCAGUAUUUACUGAUUACAGAUUUAACUUCGUUACAUGCAGUGCCAUUUUAAAUGGCUUGUAUUUAUCGAUAUGACUGAUACGCCUUUAGAUUUAUCAGGUUUGUAGUGUCAGCUAUAUAAUAAUGUCUGAUGACAGAGAUGAUGUAAGAAUUUCACGGGAUCUAGAUCGGAUAUGUUUUACCGUCUAAAAAUGUACUUUACUGUCCAGAUCAUAUAUGUUUUACCGUCUGAAAAUGUACUUUACUGUCCAGAUCGGACAUGUUUUACCGUCUGAAAAUGUACUUUACUGUCCAGAUCGGACAUGUUUUACCGUCUGAAAAUGUACUUUACUGUCCAGAUCUGAUAUCUUUUACCGUCUGAAAAUGUACUUUACUGUCCAGAUCAUAUAUGUUUUACCGUCUGAAAAUGUACUUUACUGUCUAAUAAGUACAUAUUAAUAUGAAACUGUUUUUUUUUUGUACAAAUUAUAGUUCCAACUAUUUGAAUAUUAUGAUUGUCAAAAUAUUUUACCCAAACUAAAGAAUUAACUUUCUAGACGGACGUGGUAAUUCUAACUUCGGUGAUUCCUGCGAAUAAAAAUCAAUGAGCAGUUCUUCUAUAGCGAAAAUAAAAAAAUCAAUUAAAAUACUAGUCUAUUACUCAAUUUUUUAUCGAUUUUUCUCUACCUUUAAAAUUUUGCACGUUAAAAGAGUAACUGAACAAAUGGAACGUAAACAACCGUCAUGUAAACUGAAAACAAAACGCGUGUUUUUAUUUCAUAGAAGAAUUCUGAAAGUUAAUUCACGCGUUAAAAAAAUGUUUCUUACUUAAUAAACAAGAUGUAUUGAUUACGUUGUAAAAUAAUGAACAACUAACAGAAACUUGUUUUUUAACCAAGUCAGUUACUGGUUGUUAUUUGCUCCUUGAAAGUGUAAAUUGAAUUUUGGAGAAAUCAAAUUUGUUUUAGGAGUUGACAGCCAUUUUUGAUACUGUUAAAUAUAUACCUUUUCUUAUCAUGUUGUAUUUUACUUUGAGAAUCGAGAUGCUAAUCGUGACCUAAGCUUUGUCCCAAAACUUUCUUUAAAUAAACAGCAUUGUAGAAGAUAGUGAGUAUAUUUUGUUGUUUAUGCGACUAAACAAAGUGUUUAUAAGAUUUUAAAAUAUUUCUAAUUGCUAUUAUAUCUUCAGAGUUUUGACCAAGUUUCCCAUAGAAAGUUUGAAGUUUGAGAUUUAAAUAAUGGUUACGUGAUGUAAAAUAUCGUUAAGACUUAAAUUAAUAACCAUUCUAUGUUUUGUUUUAUUUAACUUUAGUUUUGUGCCUCGUUAUUUAUUUUAGAAUUUACUAGAUAAAGAAAACGUUGUUUUUAUACUUAUAGACUUUGGGUUAUUAAAAUGAAUAGAAUAAGAUAAAAUAGCUUGAGAUAAUGUUAUUUUUACCCUAAAGUUUCUUUAUUUCAUGUUGAAAAUAACCAUAGUUUUUAUUUGUGUAAUAAAAAAAAGAAUCUGUAGUGUAUGCUGUAAUAAACUUCGUUAUGUUUAAAUGCUUACAGUACCGCCAGGGGGUGGUUGUACAACUGACUAAAGGGCGUUGAAGAUGUAAUUUAGUCAUUCCUUUCUUUCAUACAGAUGGUGAAAACAAAAGUGUGAUAGAUGUACAAUAAAUAACACUUGCAGUUUUUGUGUUU